AUGUACCUGGUCUGCGUGUACUGGGAAUGUGUGUACUGUGUCUACAUGUACCUGCUCUGCGUGUACUGGGAAUGUGUGUACUGUGUCUACAUGUACCUGGUCUGCGUGUACUGGGAAUGUGUGCACUGCGUCUACAUGUACCUGGUCUGCGUGUACUGGGAAUGUGUGUACUGUGUCUACAUGUACCUGCUCUGUGUGUACUGGGAAUGUGUGUACUGUGUCUACAUGUACCUGGUCUGCGUGUACUGGGAAUGUGUGUACUGCGUCUACAUGUACCUGGUCUGUGUGUACUGGGAAUGCGUGUACUGUGUCUACAUGUACCUGGUCUGCGUGUACUGGGAAUGCGUGUACUGUGUCUACAUGUACCUGGUCUGUGUGUACUGGGAAUGCGUGUACUGCGUCUACAUGUACCUGGUCUGCGUGUACUGGGAAUGUGUGUACUGCGUCUACAUGUACCUGGUCUGCGUGUACUGGGAAUGUGUGCACUGCGUCUACAUGUACCUGGUCUGUGUGUACUGGGAAUGUGUGUGCUGUGUCUACAUGUACCUGCUCUGUGUGUACUGGGAAUGUGUGUACUGUGUCUACAUGUACCUGGUCUGUGUGUACUGGGAAUGUGUGUGCUGUGUCUACAUGUACCUGGUCUGUGUGUACUGGGAAUGUGUGUGCUGUGUCUACAUGUACCUGCUCUGUGUGUACUGGGAAUGUGUGUACUGUGUCUACAUGUACCUGGUCUGCCUGUACUGGGAAUGUGUGUACUGUGUCUACAUGUACCUGGUCUGCGUGUACUGGGUCUGUGCAUACUGA